AUGGGGAUCUCCACUGUCAUCCUCCACCUAUGUCUUUUGUGGGGUCCAGUUCUGUCGGCAGCGUCUGAGGCAGCCUGGGCUUCCCGCUGUGUUGAUGCAGGUUUACCUGUGAGGCUGGUGAAUGGCGGUGACCGGUGCCAGGGCCGGGUGGAGGUCCUGUACCAAGGCUACUGGGGCACCGUGUGUGACGACAGCUGGGACACCCAGGAUGCAGAUGUCGUCUGUCGGCAGCUCGGCUGUGGCCAUUCCGUGUCCGCCCUGGGCGGGGCUCACUUUGGUCAGGGCUCGGGGAACAUUCUCUUGGGUGCCGUGUACUGCUCAGGAAGGGAGGCCUACCUGUCAAGCUGCCGCCAUGAUGGGUGGUACAACCACGAGUGUGGCCAUAGGGAAGACGCUGGAGUCGUGUGCUCAGGUAGAGCAGCUACCACCUCAAGGCAUGCGCUCCCCAGGCCAUAGCACCUGUGUGUGUGUGUGUGUCAUGAAAUGAGAAAUCAUGUGUCUUCUCUAGGAACUGUUGCUGGAUUGGCCUUGAGGCUAGUGAAUGGUGGAAACCGAUGUCAGGGCCGUGUGGAAGUCCAGUACCAGGGUUCCUGGGGCACCGUGUGCGAUGACAGCUGGGACACCAAUGACGCCAACGUGGUCUGCAGACAGCUGGGCUGUGGCUGGGCCGUGUCUGCCCCAGGGAAUGCCCGGUUCGGUCAGGGCUCAGGGCUGAUAGUUCUGGAUGACGUGGCCUGCUCGGGGCAUGAGUCCUACCUGUGGCACUGCCCCCACCGAGGUUGGCUCGCCCAUAACUGUGGACACCAGGAGGACGCAGGAGUCAUCUGCUCAGGUGCCCUGUUCCAGUCCACACUCAGCCCAGAUUGGUGGCGUCCAUCAACUGCUGCAGGAGCCGUCCCGCUGAGCCACCUCCCCAGCCCCUCACUGGGAUUGGGACAGCACUUCCCUACUGACAGCUAAUGCCCAUCUCUAGGACCAACUGAUUAUGGUUUGGAGCUGAGACUGGUGAAUGGAGGUGACCGGUGUCAAGGCCGAGUGGAGGUCCUGUACAGAGGCUCCUGGGGCACCGUGUGUGAUGACCUGUGGGACACCAACGACGCCAACGUGGUCUGCAGGCAGCUGGGCUGCGGCUCGGCUGUGUCUGCCCCUGGGAAUGCCCGGUUUGGACAGGGCUCAGGGCCGAUUGUGCUGGAUGACGUGAGGUGCUCUGGAAGCGAGCGCUACCUGUGGAACUGCCCCCACGGAGGCUGGCUGUCCCACAACUGUGGACACAGUGAGGACGCAGGAGUCAUCUGCACACGUGCCUCGUUUCCCUCAGGGACUCCACUCCCAGAUUGGUGGCAUACAACAACUCCUAACUAUGGUUGGUGGCGUCCAUCAACUCCUGUCUAUGGACCAACUGAUUAUGGUUUGGAGCUGAGACUGGUGAAUGGAGGUGACCGGUGUCAAGGCCGAGUGGAGGUCCUGUACAGAGGCUCCUGGGGCACCGUGUGUGACGACCUGUGGGACACCAACGACGCCAACGUGGUCUGCAGGCAGCUGGGCUGCGGCUCGGCUGUGUCUGCCCCUGGGAAUGCCUGGUUUGGACAGGGCUCAGGGCCGAUUGUGCUGGAUGACGUGAGGUGCUCUGGAAGCGAGCGCUACCUGUGGAACUGCCCCCACGGAGGCUGGCUGUCCCACAACUGUGGACACAGUGAGGACGCAGGAGUCAUCUGCACACGUGCCUCGUUUCCCUCAGGGACUCCACUCCCAGAUUGGUGGCAUACAACAACUCCUAACUAUGGUUGGUGGCGUCCAUCAACUCCUGUCUAUGGACCAACUGAUUAUGGUUUGGAGCUGAGACUGGUGAAUGGAGGUAACCGAUGUCAAGGCCGAGUGGAGGUCCUGUACAGAGGCUCCUGGGGCACCGUGUGUGACGACCUGUGGGACACCAACGACGCCAACGUGGUCUGCAGGCAGCUGGGCUGCGGCUCGGCUGUGUCUGCCCCUGGGAAUGCCUGGUUUGGACAGGGCUCAGGGCCGAUUGUGCUGGAUGACGUGAGGUGCUCUGGAAGCGAGCGCUACCUGUGGAACUGCCCCCACGGAGGCUGGCUGUCCCACAACUGUGGACACCAUGAGGACGCAGGAGUCAUCUGCUCAGGUGAGAAUUCUCUGUCGUCUUGUGUAGAUUGGUGGCACUCAACAACCACCACCGGUCCCACCACUCCUAGACUGCCUUCAAAUUGUGGUGGCUUUUUAAACAGCCCCAGUGGGAACUUCUCCAGCCCGUUCUACCCUGGGUACUACCCCAACAAUGCCAUGUGUGUGUGGGAGAUAGAAGUGCGUUCUGGGUAUCGCAUAAACCUGGGCUUCAGUGACCUGCGCUUGGAGCUCCACAGCAAUUGCAGUUUUGAUUACGUCGCAGUCAUCGACGGACCACCGAGUAGUACUAAUUAUCUGGGGAGGAUCUGUAAUAACAGCAGCCGGAUAUUCACAUCUUCUACCAACCGGAUGACUGUUCAGUUCCGAAGUGAUGCCAGUGUCCAAAACCGUGGCUUCUUGGCUUGGUAUAACUCCUUUCCCAGAGAUGCCAGCUUGAGACUGGUCUAUGGAAACUCCUCCUAUGGUAACUGUGCUGGGCGUGUGGAAGUUUACCAUGCUGGCAGGUGGGGCACAGUUUGCGAUGACUCCUGGAAUAUUCAGGAUGCACAGGUGGUCUGCAGACAGCUGGGGUGUGGACCAGCACGAUCAGCCCCAGGAAAUGCCUUCUUUGGAUCUGGCUCUGGCCCCAUCACCCUGGAUGACGUGGAUUGCUUGGGGACGGAAUCCACACUCUGGCAGUGCCGGAGCCGCGAAUGGUUCUCCCACAACUGUGGUCACCAGGAAGAUGCUGGUGUCAUCUGCGAAGGAUACACAACGACACCUACAGCUCCUGUUUCCACCAUCAGCUACCCAAAUGUGAACUACUCCUGCGGAGGCUUCCUGUCCCAAUCAUCAGGAAACUUUUCUAGCCCAUUCUACCCUGGGAACUAUCCAAACAAUGCCAGAUGUGUGUGGGACAUCGAGGUCCCGAACAACUAUCGUGUGACCAUCAUCUUCAGAGACGUCCAGCUUGAAACGGGCUGCAGCUUCGACUACAUCGAGGUUUUCGACGGCCCCCACCACAGCUCCCCUCUCAUCGCCAAGCUCUGUAAUGGCGCCACUGGCUCCUUCACAUCCACGUCGAACUUCAUGUCCGUCCGCUUCAUCAGCGACGUCAGCAUCACGCGGAGAGGCUUCCAGGCUGAGUUCUAUUCCACCCCUUCCAAUGACAGCACCAGUCUGCUCUGUCUGCCGAAUCACAUGCAGGCCAGCGUGAACAAGGUCUACCUCCAGUCCCUGGGCUAUUCUGCCAGGGACCUUGUCAUUCCUGGAUGGAGUGGGAACUACAGGUGUCAGCCCCAGAUAACAUGGAGCCACGUGGUAUUCACAAUUCCCUACUCAGGCUGUGGCACCCUCAAGCAGGUAGAGAAUGACACCAUCAACUAUUCCAAUGUCCUCAAAGCAACCGUGUCAAAUGGCAUCAUCAAAAGGAAGAAGGACCUCCGCAUUCAUGUCAGCUGCAAGAUGCUCCAGAACACCUGGGUCCACACCAUGUACAUUGCUAAUGACACCAUUGAGGUCAAAGAAGUCCAGUAUGGCAAUUUCGACGUGAACAUUUCCUUCUACACAUCGCCCUCUUUCUUAUAUCCUGUGACCAGCAGUCCAUACUUAGUGAAUCUGGACCAGAAUUUGUAUCUUCAGGCUGAAAUCCUCCAUUCUGAUGCCUCCCUGGCCUUGUUUGUGGACACCUGUGUGGCUUCCCCACACCCCAACGACUUCUCAUCUUUGACUUAUGAUCUCAUCCGGAGUGGGUGCAUAAAGGAUGAAACCUACCAGACCUACUACCAGCCAUCACCUCGCAUCGUCCGCUUCAAAUUCAGUUCCUUCCACUUCCUGAACCGCUUCCCCUCCGUGUACCUGCAGUGUAAGCUGGUGGUGUGCAGAGCCUACGACUACUCCUCACGCUGCUACAGAGGCUGCGUGGUGAGAGCCAAAAGGGACGUGGGCGCCUACCAGGAAAAGGUGGACGUCGUCCUGGGGCCCAUCCAGCUGCAGGCGCCCCCUGAAGAGAAGAGGAGCCUGGGUCAGCGGCCACCCUCGAAUUCCACUGCCCGCCUGCGCCCACGCCCGUGACUCUCCAGGACCUGGGAAGCUUCUGCUGGUUCCCACUCAGAUUGAGCACCUAUCAUGCACCAGGCACACUGUGCUGUGCCUGGUCACACCGAGUGAGUUAGACCUGGCUGCUGCCUUCCCCCAAGGCUCAAGGUCU